AUGGGGAAUAAAAGCGGUAGUCAUAGUAGCUCCCGACUUUCGACCAUCAAGGACGAUUACCGAGAGGUGUAUCGAGAUUUGACUCAAAUUUAUAAGCGCAAGAUCCGGCCAUUGGAGACAACAUAUAAUUUUGAAGGGUUUCACUCUGCGCCUCUCACGGAAAGCGAUAUUCUGGCGAAGCCGAUGGUUCUCCUGUUAGGACAAUACAGCACUGGCAAAACGACUUUUAUCAAACACUUGAUUGAGUCUGACUAUCCUGGAUCACACAUUGGUGUAGAACCAACGACGGAUCGCUUUGUAGCUGUGAUGAAUGGUCCGGAACCAAGGGUGAUUCCAGGAAAUGCUGCAGCAGUCUCUGCAGACCUGCCUUUCCGUGGGCUUGAUCGAUUUGGACAAGCAUUUUUGACACGAUUCCAAGUCUCACAAUGCCCCAAUUCUCUGCUCGAGAACAUGACCCUAAUUGACACCCCAGGAAUUCUAGCAGGCGACAAACAGCGUGUAGAACGCGGAUAUGAUUUCACAAAGACCAUUGAGUGGUUUGCACAGCGGUCGGAUCUGAUCCUUUUAUUCUUUGAUUCCCAUAAGCUGGAUAUUUCGGACGAGUUUAAGAGUUCAAUUGUGGCGCUCAAGGGUCAGGAAGAAAAAGUGCGUGUGAUUCUGAAUAAGAGUGACAUGGUGGAUCAACAGCAAUUGAUGCGAGUCUAUGGCGCGUUGAUGUGGUCUCUUGGGAAGGUUAUUCAAACGCCAGAGGUCAUGAGGGUAUAUCUGUGCUCGUUCUGGUUACAUCGCCCAGUGAAUGUGUAUGAAGAUUGCCGAGCCUUGCUAGAAAAGGAACAAACAGAUCUUUUGAAGGACCUUCGAGAAUUACCCCGCAAUGCAGCGAUUCGUAAAGUGAAUGAAAUCGUGAAACGUGCCCGACUGGCACGUGUACAUGCAUAUAUCAUUGGACAUUUGCGUAAGGAGAUGCCUGCAGUCUUGGGCAAAAGAAAUCGUCAACGAGAGUUGACCCAAAACCUGGAAGGCGAGUUUUUGAAGGUUCAGCAAAUUUACAGUGUCCCUGCAGGCGAUUUCCCGAAUGUAGCAGCAUUCCGACAGUGCUUGGAAGCCUAUAAGUUUGAAAAUUUUGCAAAGAUCAGCCAACCAGUCCUCGCCUCUGCUGAAGAGGCCCUUUCAGUAGAUCUGCCCAAAAUCAUGACUCGAUUCCCACACCAUAUGAAUAAUUUAUUAAUCGAAUCUACGCAAAAGAACCCGUUCUUAGGGCCACCCGGAGCUGAAGGGCAUAACAGUAACCUCAACGGAGGUGAUACUGUCCCACCGAGCUACUGGCACUUUUCAUCCGUAGAUAAGGCAGCUGCCCGGCCAAUCUUCCUGUCGCUGAACCCCAGAGAAGGCAAGAUCAAUGGUUUAACUGCAAAGCCCUACCUGAUGAGCACAGGCUUAUCAGUUGAGGUGCUAGCCAAGAUCUGGGCAUUAGCAGAUUGGACAUCUGAUGGACACUUGAGUGAAGACGAGUUCGCAGUGGCAUUGCAUUUAAUCCGUGCAGUAGAAAGCGGUGGCGAGAGUGUUCUGCCUGCCAAAUUACCCGAGACCAUGCUACCUUGA